UGGAGCAAUCUGAUUGGUUCCCCAUCGGGAACACAAACCCUGCUACCCGACUCGCGAGAAUCUCUUCUUCAUUCUCAGACCAAUUCGACGGCUACAGAGCUAGACUGCCUGUGCCGCCGAGACCAUACUCCUACCAUCGUCGUUGUUGCUCAGUGCUCACUCUCUCCUGCUUUACCUGUUUCGAGUUCGACUUUCGAUUACAGAGAAGGAGAGAUGGAGACGAACAAAAUAGAAGAGCAGAAGGAAGAAGAUGAUCAGAUCGUGAAUCCAUGGGAGGUAGCGGCGAAGGAUGGAGGAAAGAUCGAUUACGAUAAGCUCAUUGAUAAGUUCGGUUGUCAAAGACUCGAUGAAUCCCUAAUUAGUCGCGUCGAACGUCUUACCUCUCGUCCUCCUCAUGUCUUCCUUCGCCGAGGCGUCUUCUUCGCUCACAGGGAUUUUAAUGAGAUCCUUGACGCGUAUGAAAGAGGCGACAAAUUCUAUCUAUAUACGGGAAGAGGGCCGUCGUCGGAAGCUUUGCAUUUGGGCCAUCUCAUUCCAUUCAUGUUCACCAAAUACUUGCAGGAUGCUUUCAAGGUCCCACUGGUGAUUCAACUAACGGAUGACGAAAAGUGCAUGUGGAAAAACCUCUCGGUGGAAGAGUGUCAAAGACUUGCUCGUGAAAAUGCAAAAGAUAUUAUAGCUUGUGGCUUUGACAUUACGAAAACCUUUAUUUUCACAGAUUUUGAUUAUGUUGGAGGCUCCUUUUACCAAAAUAUGGUGAGAGUUGCAAAAUGUGUCACAUUCAAUAAGGUUGUGGGAAUAUUUGGUUUUACUCCUGAAGAUCAUAUUGGUAAAAUUAGUUUUCCACCAGUGCAGGCUGUUCCAUCCUUCCCCAAUUCAUUCCCCCACCUCUUCCCUGGCAAAGAUGAUCUCCGUUGCUUGAUUCCAUGUGCAAUUGACCAGGAUCCUUAUUUCAGAAUGACACGAGAUGUUGCUCCUAGGAUCGGAUAUCAGAAGCCUGCAUUGAUUGAGUCAUCGUUCUUCCCUGCCCUGCAGGGGGAAACUGGGAAAAUGUCUGCCAGUGAUCCAAAUUCUGCAAUUUAUGUGACGGACUCUGCUAAAGUCAUAAAAAACAAAGUGAAUAAAUAUGCAUUUUCUGGUGGGCAAGAUAGCAUAGAGAACCACAGGAAAUAUGGAGCAAAUCUAGAGGUAGAUAUACCAAUUAAGUACCUUGGUUUUUUCCUGGACGAUGAUGUUGAGCUGGAGCACAUACGGAAGGAAUAUGCUGCUGGGCGGAUGCUAACAGGUGAGGUGAAGAAGCGUCUUAUAGAAGUUUUAACCGAAAUAGUGGAAAGACAUUGUAGGGCACGGGCUGCAGUGUCUGAUGAGAUGGUGGAUGCAUUCAUGGCCAUUAGACCACUUCCCAAUAUGUUUGAUUAGGCCAGAUGAAGGGUUGUCUUGGAUUCAUAAAAGGGUGUCUGGCUUGGGGGAAUUAAUUUGGAAUGGACUGGUUGGAAUACAUGGAUUUGAAAUCAAUAGGAUUGCUAAUGCUACCAUUUGGGUGACAAAAGGCUUGGGAGUGGAAGACAGAAAUUUGGUCUCUGCCCGCAUGCAAGAGUAAUACGUGAACACACAUUCUGUUUGGAAAUUGUAGCUUUGGGAGCAUUGUUUCUUUUCUGUUCUAGUGGUCUAGCACGGAGCACCUUAACAUACCAUGUAUUACAUUAAGGUUGCUCCAUUGCGACCAGCUUCGAAUUGGGAAACGAGCCUUGGGUUUCCUUCCCCCAUCCCCCCCCCAAAAAAAAAAAACUUUUUUUUUUAAUGGUUAUAACAAGUUGUUCUUGAAAUUUGAUUAUUAAUACAAGAGAAUGAACGUUGGAAGGCUCAUGCUUAGUGGCGGUGGAUGUAAUGCAUGUAAGAUGCUUUGGCUUGUUUAUAUGAUACAUCAAAUAGAUAGUCGAUAAUCGAUAUCUUAUUAUAGUUUGUCAUUA